GAACAAACAUUUGAGACCAAUCGUGGUCUUUCAGUCCCGCCGGACAAUCCCUCACUCAACAAAUCAAGGACCGCUCACGGGUGUGUACUGCGUUCGUCGGCGUCGGCUCGCUUGGAUGCUUACGACCCGCAGGUCACACUUAGCACCGGGGCUCGAAGUGGACAUAAGUUAUGAUACAAGCGACGCCAUCGAUCCAAGCACAAUAUGCCCAUUUUGUGAUGAGCCCUGGCCAUCAGACCCAAGUGCAGAGCUGACAAACCUCCUUGCACGGGCUCGACGAAAAGCUUGGCCACACAAGCGUUAUACCAAUCCUGAAGGUCUCAAGGCACCACUCGAAGCUAUAAUUGAUCUGUGUAAUACACAUCGCAGUGAGGCCUCCAUCAUUCCGGAAGGCAUCGCUAAAGGCUGGCCUUCCGAAAUCGAUUUCGAUGCUAUUCCAAAUCGAUUAUGGAAACUGAAACCUGCUCUCCAGAAACUCAUCGACUUCCCAUCGGGCUGGCAUUUUUUUGACAUCGCAAAGAAAGAUAUACAGCAGUUUGGUGCUGCGGCAACGAACAGCACUCGUGGCCAAUUCUCCACUUUCUCGAGAACACAGCCCGGCUACUACGGGGAGCGGGGGCUUGUUCGAAUCGCAAAUGGAUUGCAUGACUUAUUUCCUGGCCUUUCGACUCGACCUUCCUUUGCGCCACUAGAUGUAGAGAAUUUCCUUCUUCGAGUCUUGAUACCAGAAACAGCUCGUUUACUCAUUAUGGAAGACUUGGCCUUAGAUGAGGCCGAUGCGCUCUCUGUGCUCCGGGAGAGCCAGAAAUAUGGUGUAGCCAAAUUCCCUGAUCGCGGCGAGGAAGACGCUUUGGAGAAAUUCGGGGUCUCCAUGCGGGUACGAUUAAAGCUGGGACAGGAGCGGCAUCUUGCUGAUACGAAAGAGGCGGAGCGAGAGUUAAGAACGGAACGUAGAAAGACGAAGAAAAACAAGCAUGAUCUCCCCCCCGAACCCGACGCCACCUCUUUGACUCAAGGGGAGGUGUCUGGGAAGAGCCGCACUGGGUCCCGGCCGCCCUUGGUCGAUAUACCCUCGCCCACUACUGAGACCUCAUCUUUGGAUAUGUAUAGCGAGCAAGCCUCUCAGCCAAAGAAAAAGAAGAAACGCACUAUUCUGGGAGAACCACCCUUAGUCCUCUCGUUCUCUGGUGACCAGCUCUCGACAAGAGAGGAUGAAAUUCAUCUGCCAUCCAACUCAGGCAGACCCCUACUUAAAACAAACUCUGUCGGAACUGUAACUUCUCGUCCCUCUUCCAUCGGGUGAGUCAGGGGCGGUUUCCAUUGAAGUGACUCCAGGACACACUUAACAUACUGCUGCCCCAAAGAUGGUCUCGAACCCUCCGAGACGAUGCCGGGGGGUUGA